AUGAGGAGCAGCGAGGCCAUGGAGCUCCUGGGCUUCGCUCCCUACUCCCGGCCGUCCCCUUCCGAGCUUCUGUUCCAGGUGAAGGCUGCGUAUAGAAGAAUGGUCAUGGAGUCCCAUCCCGAUCGUGUACCGACACAUCAGAAGCCUCAAGCAGAGUCAAAAUUCAAGCAGAUAGUAGAAGCAUAUUCUUGUUUGAAGGAUGGUCGAAGAUUUGGGAACAGAAUGGAAGUACAUGUAAUGAGGUCUGGUGUUCCAACGGGAUACAGAAGAUCAAACAAGAUAUUGAUUAAAGCCCCCUUUCUGCUCAUAAUUUGUGCCGCAGUUUCCUUUGGUUCCUACAGCGCUUCGAGGGCAUACCAGCGGCAAAAGGAUGUGUGUUCCUCUCAGAACCCUUUUCUUCCAUAA